AUGUUCCAUAAAAAGCACUUAAUAAAGGAGCAGGUAGUUUUGGGCAAGAAAGAGUCAAAACGGCUCAGAGAUGUUCCUGCUGCAGUCUUAGGAAAGGAGUACUUGGAUUCUCUGGAGUCCUUCUGGAAAAAGAGUGAUACUAUUACUCGCAUCACGUGGGAAUUUUCAACUGGGGGUCUGACUGCCUUUUAUGUAGUAAAUGGGAUUCCUUUGAUGUUCUCUGUUAUUUCUUUACCCGGUGAUUCACAUGGUAUGUUCCCAAGGAAAGAUGUAGCGGCGACACCUACAUUGUUUUUCUUUUUAUUGAUGAGAAAUUACUACAAAAAAGAGGUUAUGGAGAUGAUCUCUUUAUUUGGUGCAACAGUUUGGUGUAGAGGUGCAACAUCUCAGUACAUUCUUUCUGGGGCACAUCUUAUGAUGCCCGGUAUAGUGGGUAUUAAAGAAGAAAACAGUAAAACCUUCCAAAUGGGAGAAACUGUCUUCAUCUGUUCUAUAGGAACAUUGUGUCCCUAUGCUAUCGGUUUAUCUACAGAGAGACUUGCAAACCGUGCUACAAGUGGAAAAGGAGUGUACAUACUUCAUUGCUAUAAAGACCUUCUGUGGGAUUCUUAUUUUGUUGUGUUUAAUGCCUUUUGUGGCUCUCUUUAUCCGGUGCUUCCGUCAACAUUUCAAGCGAAUGAAGUUGUUGAACUUGCCACACCCAAAUUAAAUACUGUGAAUGCGGUUUUGGAAGAAAAAGAUGAUCAGGAAACAAUGGAGAAUGCGACUGAUGAAGUAGUAAGAGAUUGUGUCCCUUCCAAUCGGGACAUUUUAAUACAAACUACAUUGAAUAUACUUGAGUUGGAGGAUGGCAUUAUUGAUUUUGCGCUUUGCGAAACCAUACGAGCUCUGUCUCAGUCCAUGCUGCCCAUGCCACUCACGGAAUUCUCACCUUUACUGAUUUCAAAUUACCCAAGAAUUCCUGGGGCCAAAUUACAAAUUGAUUUUAAACGAACAACGUAUAAAAAGCUUCUUCCGUAUUUAUUGAUGAGACCUGACCUGGUUACCAUUUCUGAGGAAAAAAAAGGCAAUCAUUUUGUCAUUCGAAUAAACAAAUCGAGCGAGCUACUAAGGCAACAUCGACGAAAUUAUGCUGAAUUUUUGCAGACAAUUCAUGAGCCUGCAAAAGAAGAAGAAGCUCUUGAAGCUGAACAACAAGUGCUUCGAGAUGGUGCGAAAGGGGGGUUUAAGCGUCGUAUUGUAUCCAUUGAAACAUUAUAUUCCCCCAAAAAUGGAGGUGCUAUUGAAUUAAAGCGUAUGCUAUGUACAGGAUUGUACAUGGAUCAGCUAGAGCAGAGGUCUUUGGGAGAAACCCACUCUCAAUCUUCUUUGUUGGCAUAUAACGAGGAUAACAAUGAUUUUCUUGAUGAAUUAUAUUCUCGAAAACAUUUAUGUGAUAACCUUCGCAAGUAUGCUAAGACAAGAGGACUUUUGGACACCGAAGGUAAGUUGCAUGGUCCUCCAUUCGUUCAAUUAAAGGACAUUCUUUUGCCUCUUGCUAGCAAAUUGGAUGAACACAUGCGCAUUACUGAAGUUGAAGAACUAGUUUUUGAACGUCUGUUUUCACCUGUACAUCAAAUUGCUAUGGAAACGAUUCAGGUUAUUAAUGGUGCUGCCACUUCUGUAACACUUAUUACAAAGACUACGAAAAGGGGUAAAUUACCAAAGGUUUUGGUUUUUACAGAAAAACGACAAGGGAACAAAAUUGUGACAAUUGUGAGAGGGUUAGAUGCUUAUGGCUUUGAUUUGACGUCUUUGGCAGCUCAAUGGAAACACCAAUUUUCCACCUUCUGCACUGUAUAUGAUCCAUCCAAGGAGAUGACAAACGUUAAACAAGGAACCAGAAUUCCAUUAGAACUUCAGCUAGGUGGGGAUUGGGUAUCUAAACUAAAGGUUGUCUUGGGGGAUGAGUUUGGCCUUCCACAGCACACGUUGAACUUCUCUGGUAAGUGA